CCUCCUCCUCCUCCCCGCCCCGCUUUCCUCUCGCUGGUGCAGAGGCGCCCGCGUUCCCGCCGUCGCAGCCCCCACUCCCCGGGCAGCGCGAGGCCCGGUUUCCCCUCACGGUGGCUACGGCCGCAGCUCGGAGGGUCUCACUAAGUUCCUCAGUUGCCCAGACUGAACCCUGGCCUCCCUAUACUCCUGCUCAGCCUCCGAGUACUGGAUUACAGGCCUGCACCACCAUGCCCGGCUCACAGGAAGGAAUGCUGCUCCUCCGUUGGAGGACCCCACGGACAAGCCCCUGUUGAACCUGUGCCAGGACCACCCUCAGGGACUGCUGGGAACCCCUCCGCUCCCAGCUUUCUGCCUCCGGGUCCAGGUGGUCGGGCUGCAAGAAGCAGGGCCUCACUGUGCCUCUGCCCCCAGUGAGCGCCACAAGGAGGGAGCUGUUGUCGGCCAGGCACAGCCCAGGACACUGGCACCAUGACGACUGGUCACAAGCCGCAGGACAGAUACAAGGCCGUCUGGCUUAUCUUCUUCAUGCUGGGCCUGGGGACGCUGCUCCCCUGGAAUUUCUUCAUGACCGCCUUUGAGUAUUUCAUAACCCGCCUGGAAGGGCCCAAGAAUGCCUCCUCAGUCACCGCCAAGCAGAGAGGGGACCCCCAGCCCUCAGCUGCCCCCACGGCAGCCUUGCCAGAGCGGAACACCCUCAGUGGCAUCUUCAACAACGUCAUGACCCUGUGCGCUAUGCUGCCUCUGCUGCUCUUCACCUGCCUCAACUCCUUCCUGCACCAGAGGAUCCCCCAGUCCGUGCGGAUCCUUGGCAGUCUGAUGGCCAUCCUGCUGCUGUUCCUGGUCACUGCCAUAGUGGUGAAGGUGCAGAUGGACGCGCUGCCCUUCUUUGUCCUCACCAUGAUCAAGAUCAUGUUUAUCAACUCAUUUGGCGCCAUCCUACAAGGGAGUCUCUUUGGCCUUGCUGGCCUUCUGCCCGCCAGUUACACGGCCCCCAUCAUGAGCGGCCAGGGCCUGGCAGGCUUGUUCUCCUCUGUGGCCAUGAUCUGUGCCAUCGCCAGUGGCUCGGAGCUGUCGGAAAGUGCCUUUGGCUACUUUAUCACAGCUUGUGUGGUGAUCCUGUUGGCCAUUCUCUGCUACCUGGCCCUGCCCCGACUGGAGUUCUACCGCUACUACCAGCAACUCAAGCUUGAGAGCCCAGGGGAGCACGAGACCAAGCUGGACCUCAUCAGUAAAGAUCCUUCCACAGCCUCUCACCCACCAGGGGAGGAGCCACAAGCAGGCAAGGAAGAACCUGUGGUCUCAGCACCCAGCUCCCAGCCCACUGGCAAAAGCCACUCCAUCAGGGAAAUCCUCAAAGACAUCUCAGUCUUGGCCCUCUCCGUCUGCUUCAUCUUCACCAUCACCAUCGGGCUGUUUCCCGCUGUAACCGCGGAGGUCAAGUCCAGCUUUGUGGGCAACAGAACCUGGGCCAAAUACUUCAGCCCGGUGUCCUGUUUCUUGGUCUUCAAUAUCUUUGACUGGCUGGGCCGGAGCCUCACAGCUGUCUUCACGUGGCCAGGGAAGGACAGCCGCUGGCUGCCGAGCCUGGUGGUGGCCCGGCUGGCGUUCGUGCCACUCCUGCUGCUGUGCAACGUCCAGCCACGCCACUACAUGAGUGUGUUCUUUGAGCAUGAUGCCUGGUACAUCCUUUUCAUGGCCGCCUUCGCCUUCUCCAACGGCUACCUUGCCAGCCUCUGCAUGUGCUUUGGGCCCAAGAAAGUAAAGCCAGCUGAGGCAGAGACCGCGGGCGCCAUCAUGGCCUUCUUCCUGUCCCUGGGCUUGGCACUGGGAGCCAUCUUCUCCUUCCUGUUCCGGGCCAUUGUGUGACAUUGGUAGGCUGAGGACCGCACGGCCUGCCUACCUCCUGCCCCUCAUCUCCUCCUGCGGGGGACGCACGGCACGCCUGCAGGUCUCCUCUUCUGCCAACUCCUGCUUUCUUCUUCGCAGGGCUCGGCUGUCCAGGCCUGGGGAGGGGGUCCAAGUGGGCAGACAUUGAGGAUGUGCACCAAGAGUCCGAGGGGGCAUGGGCUCUGACUGAUGGCUCUGAUGGGAGAGGCGUAGGCCCCGCAGGCGCAAGCCUGUGUUUUGUUUCAGUCCGUCUGCCCAUGUCAUGGGUGGCUGGGGGCCAGGACUAACCUUUGUAUGGUCUGAUCUCAGAUUUCCCCUCCUUUCUCCCUUUCUGCCCUCACCUUGUCCCUAGCCAUCACGCGCCCUGUACAGUUGCCAUUUUACUGCCUUUUUUAUACUCAACACAAGCCAGAAGCCUUCUGAGGCUGAUUAAAUAAAUUUUUUUUUUCUCCA